UACCAUCUGCGAAAAUGAAAGAACUGCCAUCAGAGUUCACACCACAAGGUCAUUCGGAUAGUCAAGACGCCAAGGAUCUCAACCCUAUCGUGCAGUCAACGACAAGGACAAGUCAAAAGACGUUACCUCCCCCAGAUGGAGGUACACGAGCUUGGCUUAUAUGUUUUGCCGCACAUAUUAUGACCGCCAACACAUGGGGAAUUAUCAAUUCUUUUGGCAUAUUCCAGGCCUAUUAUGCCGACGGCCUGAGACUUCCCCCGUCACAGAUAUCAUGGAUCGGAUCUAUGCAGUUCAUCCUCACCACGUUCUUGGGUGUUUUUUCUGGACGCCUGGCCGAUGCCGGGUAUUUCCGUUUGGUACUCGCCGUAGGCACUUUGCUUGUCUUCUUGGGACUGUUGGGGACUUCAUUCGGCAGCGAGUACUGGCAUUUCAUGCUGUCUCAAGGUGUAAUCGUCGGCUUUGGAACAGGUUUAAUCGCUUGCCCCAUCAUGUCUGUGACGUCGACGUACUUUACAAGCCGCAAGGCCAUGGCCUUGGGCCUGAUGGGUCUCGGAAAUGUUACAGGCGGACUCGUGUAUCCUGCGAUGGCUCGGCAGCUCAUACCAAGCAUAGGUUUUGCUUGGGCUCUGCGUACCAUGGCUUUUGUGCAACUUGCGUCUUCCAUUCCCGUCAAUGUCAUCAUGCGGGCAAGGCUCAAGACUCAAAUCGAGGGCCCGUUUAUUGAUUUAUCGGCACUCAAGGAUGUUGACUUUACCUUUUAUGCAUUUGGAAUGAUGCUGGCAACUGGCAACUACACAGGCAUCUACUAUAUGGCGCAGUUUAGCCGCACACAAAUCACUCCACCGCUCUCGUACCCGGAUUCGUUGAACCUGCUGCUCAUAUUCGCAGGGGUGUCAUUUGCUGGCCGCAGUCUCCCUGUCCUUUUGGGAGACCGCCUGGGCCCGCUGAACAUGAUGGUUCCCAUGAUCUUUUGCACCGGCGUUGUCAUCAUGGGCUGGACGGGGGUCACGACGCCGACGGGCGUUUAUGGCUGGACGACAGUUUUCGGCGUGAGCAGCGGAGCAAUCCUGAGCCUUCACCCGCCGGCAACCCUGAGUCUGUCCCGAGAUCCACGCAAGUCGGGAGCCCGCAUCGGUCUGGCACUUACCAUAAACAGUUUGUCUAUCGUGAUCGGCCCUCCAGUCGCGGGAGCCAUCAUCGCCAGAAUGGGUGGAAGGUAUCAGGGGGCUCAGGGGUACGCUGGGUGUUUGUUAAUGAUGGGAUGUGCGCUGGUGUCAUGUGCCAAGCUUGCAAGAAAGCGGAUAAAUGGGGAGAAGUGGUCGGACAAGGUCUAG